GUAUUAUUCACAUAGUACGGACUACGGACGUGAUACCUUCGCUAAACUUUUGUCUGUGAUGUUAUUGUACUAUUAAUUAUUAUAGUCUGUAGUUAAGACAGGUUGUAGAUACUAGAUGUUAUUAGUAUUUAGUUAAUAUCUACUUAUUACUCAUAUAAUUCUUAUGUUAUGGACAUUUUUCAAAUAAUGUAAUUAUUGUAUAUGUUGAAAUAAUUAGUGAAUUCUUCAUACUUGUACACUGUAUAGUUAUAACUAAUCUUGUAACUAUUAAAGCUUGAAACCGUAUACAGAUAAUAUAUUUCUACAAAUAAUCAUGGGUAAACCAAAAACCACUGUAUUAAAUGCCAAUCAUCCAAAUAGUAGAAAGACAAAGCAAUUGAUCAAAUCUAAACACAAGAUUGCAUUUCGGGAUAAAAAGAAGUAUGUUAAUUUAGCCAAACCAAGUUCAUUAUGUGAAAAAUUAAUUUGGUUCAGAGAUAAUAUUGAUAACACAAUUGAGCAAUAUACUCAGGACACCCUCUCAUCAUUAAUUGAAAAGUAUCUUCAUCGUUUUGACCAUGAAGCUAGUAUAAUCAAAGCAAGACAUAAAGAUAAGGGCAAUCGACGAUUUGCUAGUCGGGAAGAUGUCAUUAGACACACAAUGGAACGAGAAAGAGAAGAGUAUAAUACUGCUGGAAUUGAAGUGCCAAAUAUUCUUGAAGCCAGUCAGUUACUGUAUUUGCGCACCUGGGAUGGUGACAUAAAGUAUCUACCAAAUUUCAAAAUAAUCCGCUUUCGUUGUUUAAAUUUGAUUUAAUUAAACCUAAUUAUUAAAAAAACUACCAUAUUAUA